UACACGGUGCGAGUGCCCGAGGACGUGCCCGUGGGCUCCACGCUGCUCAGCGUCACCGCCACCGAUCCCGACGACGGAACCAACGGGGCUGUACUGUAUUCAUUUCCCGAGAUUUCUGAUAAAGCUUCGAAUAUAUUCCAUCUAGAGCCAAAAACGGGAGCGAUCACGUUGGUGAGGAACCUGGACUUCGAGGAAGCCGAUUUGUAUGAACUCAGAGUGCGGGCUAAGGACGGAGGAUCCCUAUCGAACACGGCGAGGGUGUCGAUCUCGGUGACGGACGUGAACGACAACGCGCCCGAGAUUUCGGUGCGGUCGGCGCUGAGCGAGAUCUCGGAGGACGCGGCGCCGGGGACGGUGGUGGCCCUGCUGCACGUGCAGGACCGCGACUCGGGCGCCAACGGGGAGGUACGGUGCAGCCUGGGCGAGAGCGUGCCGUUCCGUCUGGAGCGGGCGCUGGACGACUACUACAGCGUGGUGACGGCGCGGGAGCUGGACCGCGAGCGGGCGUCGGAGUACAACGUGACGGUGCGGGCGGCGGACGGCGGGUCGCCGGCGCU